UUUUUUUUUUUCUGGACGGAGACAUUGUGCCGUUAUGUCGACGGGCUGCAGUCUGUAACAGUGUGUACUAUUCCGUCUAAUCCGGAUUCUGAUGCAAGUGGACCGUUUUAUUGAAGCCGUUCUGGUUAACGACAUGUUUAGGUUUACCGAAAGUACCCGCGACUCCGAAGUUAACCGACGGGACCGCGUUUAGAGGACUCGUUCUCCGUGUAGAUUCUUGCAGACUCGGUCUGGAUACUGCUCUCCAGUCUGCAAGCUGCAGGCCAUUUUCUGAUGGGUACAUACUGCGAGGCAGCGCACCAAGAAAACCAUAAAUCAUUCAGAACCGACGGGAACUGUGAAAGAAUGAAGAAAAGCUAGAUAGUGGCGUCCCCGAAGAGCUGCGGACCGAGCAAGCGUGUAACUGGACUCACAAACAAAAAAGUACUGUGGCUUAUUAAAUCCCCAAAAGGCAACUUGACGCAAAGUGAUCAACAUGAGUGCCGAGGGGUAUCAGUACAGAGCGCUGUACGAAUACAAGAAGGAGCGGGAGGAGGACAUCAGUCUCCAUGUGGGGGACAUACUGCUGGUGAGCAAAGGAGAGCUGGUGGCUCUCGGGUACACCGACGGCCUGGAGCAGAGGCCAGAUGAGAUCGGCUGGCUACCGGGCUUCAACGAAACCACUAAGGAGAAAGGGGACUUCCCGGGGACGUACGUUGAGUUCAUCGGGAGGAAGAGGAUCUCCCCCCCCACGCCCAAGCCGAGGCCCCUGCGACCCUUACCUGAAGCUCCAGGUGGCUACAGGGCGGACGCCGACUCUGACUCGGAGCAAGGCUUCAGUCUGCUGGACUUGACGGAGCAGUUUUCCCCCCCAGACACGAGUCCUCCGCUGAUGGCCAGGCUGCUGGAAGCGAUCGAGAAGAAAGGUCUGGAGAACCCCACUCUGUACCGGACGUUUACUGCUGGCGGCGGACUGGAAGUCAGACAGUAUUUUGAUUGUGACCCGGCUUCGCCAGAUCUGGAUCAGGUGGAACUUCCCGUCCUGUGCGACGGUCUGCGCAGGUACCUGCAGGACCUCCCCCAGCCCGUCAUCCCCUCUGCGCUGCACGCUCAGAUGGUCCACACGGCUAAAGAGGUGGAGAACCCCGAGGAGUGCGCUCUGCUGCUGCGUCGCGUCGGCGGCACCCCGAGCCUGCCCCCCCAAUACUGGCUGACCCUGCACUGCCUGCUUAGGCACUUCUCCAGAGUCUGCCAAAACAGCUCCAAGAACCUGCUCAGCGCCAGGGCCCUGGGCGAGAUCUUCAGCGCCGUGCUCUUCAGACAGCAGGCCGCAGGCUGUGAAGCCAGCUCUGAUGCUCACAUCAAGAUCAUCGAGGUUCUGGUGACGAGUGAAUGCAGUGACAGUCAGGCAGCUCCAGCUCUACCUCCGAAGCCCCCCAAGCCCGCCCCCGUGACCAACAACGGCAUGAACAACAACAUGGCGCUGCAGGACGCCGAGUGGUACUGGGGAGACAUCUCGAGGGAGGAGGUCAACGAGAAGCUGAGGGACACGGCGGACGGCACUUUUUUGGUGCGAGACGCCUCGACGAAGAUGCACGGAGACUACACUCUGACUCUGAGGAAAGGAGGCAACAACAAGCUCAUCAAGAUAUUCCACCGGGACGGGAAGUACGGCUUCUCGGACCCGCUGACCUUCAGCUCGGUCGUCGAGCUCAUCAACCACUAUCGCAACGAGUCGCUGGCCCAGUACAACCCCAAGCUGGACGUCAAGCUGCAGUUCCCCGUCUCCAAGCACCAGCAGGAUCAGGUGGUGAAAGAAGACAACAUCGAGGCGGUGGGGAGGAAGCUGUGUGAGUACCACCAGCAGUUCCAGGAGAAGAACAAGGAGUACGACCGCCUGUACGAGGAGUACACCAGAACCUCACAAGAGAUCCAAAUGAAGAGGACGGCCAUCGAGGCUUUCAACGAAACCAUCAAGAUAUUUGAGGAGCAGUGCCAAACGCAGGAGCGCUACAGCAAGGAGUACAUCGAGAAGUUCAGGAGAGAAGGCAACGACAAGGAGAUCCAGAGGAUCAUGGGCAACUACGAGAAGCUAAAGUCCCGGAUCAGCGAGAUCGUGGACAGUAAGCGGCGCCUGGAGGAAGAUCUGAAGAAGCAGGCCGCCGACUACAGGGAGAUCGACAAGAGGAUGAACAGCAUCAAGCCCGACCUCAUCCAGCUCCGCAAGACCAGAGACCAGUACCUCACGUGGUUGACCCAGAAGGGGGUCAGGCAGAAGAAACUCAACGAGUGGCUGGGAAUCAAGAACGAGAACACAGAAGAUCAAUAUUCUAUGGUGGACGAUGACGAGGACCUCCCCCACCACGACGAGCGGUCCUGGAAACUGGGCAACAUCAACCGGCCGCAGGCGGAGGCUCUGCUCCAGGGGAAGAGGGACGGAACAUUCCUGGUCCGAGACAGCAGCAAAGCCGGCUGCUACGCCUGCAGCGUCGUCGUGGAGGGCGAGGUGAAGCACUGCGUCAUCAACAAGACGUCCUCUGGUUUGGGCUUCGCCGAGCCGUACAACCUGUACGGCUCCCUGAAGGAGCUGGUGCUGCACUACCAGCACACGUCUCUGGUGCAGCACAACGACUCUCUGAAUGUGACGCUAGCGUACCCCGUGUACACCCAGCAGAGACGCUGAGGGAGGGGGGGGGGGCUCGCCUUUCUCCUUGCCACGCCACGAUUACAACAAAGGUCGCCGUUUGGGCCCCCUCCCACCCCCCACUGGGACUUUGAGGAUGGAACAUUUCAGUGACUUUGCCUGACCACGAGCCUGAAUGUGCAUCUCUUUUCCCUCUUGCUU